AUAUAGUUCCCCUGACGAGCUACCCCUAGAAUCCCCAGCCUGCAGGAGAGAACAAAAUCCUGAAUGUGUCCUCCGGGAGCCUGGAUGUGAAGGCUGCACAUUAACGCACCCAAGGGAAAACUGGAGACACAACUAGAGUUAAAGGGAAUGGGUGCCAAAGUGGGGAGGUCUCGGAUCGGUUACUGAUGAAUGGUGAUCACCUGCGUGGUGCGCAACACAGGGCAGAGCCUCUCCAUCCACUGCCCUCAGGCAGGUGACACCCAGGGGUAGGUCAGCACAAGUAUAGACUCCCAACCCAGCCCUGCAGAUCCUCAGAGAGCACUCCGUUGGGUUUCAGGGCGGUGCCAGAGGCGAUUCAGCCGCGUCCCUCGGGGCAGGAGACCCAGGCGGGGCGGGUGGCCGGAGCUCCGCCCUCCUCUGACCCCGGCUUUUCAGCUUUUAACCCGCGCGGGAGAGCGCCGCGGCCACUGGGCUCUGCGGAGGGAGCGAGUGGUCAGUGCGGAGCCGGAGGCGAGCGUGUCCAGUCCCAAGCCGACGCCAGCUCUCAGGCAUGGCCCCGGCAGCGGCUUCGGGUGGCAGCACCCUGCCCAGUGGCUUCUCGGUCUUCACCACCUUCCCUGACUUGCUCUUCGUUUGUGAGUUUAUCUUUGGAGGCCUGGUAUGGAUCCUGAUUGCCUCUUCCCUGGUACCCUUACCCCUGGUCCAGGGCUGGGUGAUGUUCGUGUCCGUGUUCUGUUUUGUGGCCACCACUUCCCUGAUGGUCUUGUACAUAAUUGGUACUCAUGGCGGUGAGACUUCCUGGAUCACAUUGGAUGCAGCCUACCACUGUGUGGCUGCCCUAUUUUACCUCAGUGCCUCAGUUCUGGAAGCCCUGGCCACCAUCAGCAUGUUCGAUGGCUUUACCUACAAGCAUUACCAUGAAAACAUUGCGGCAGUGGUGUUUGCCUACGUGGUCACUCUGUUCUACGUGGUCCAUGCUGUGUUUUCCUUAAUCAGAUGGAAGUCUUCAUAGGACAACAGAUCCAGAGCUGAAACCCAGAUGCAAUUAACUGGUCAGCCCAUCUUCCCCAUUAACUUCCUAGAACACAGACUGGCUGGUGGAGAAAAGAAAACAAGCCAAAAAAGAAAACAAAACAAACACAAAAACAAAAGGAAGCCAUGUUUGUGUCUCUUGGGUCUUAUGUUUACCUUCUGUCAGGGUUUAGGGCUCACUUUAUUUAACUUCUAGCUAAGGGAGGAAGGAGUUGUCUUGGCAGGGGCCCUUUCUGCCCUUGACCGGGAAAGUGGGUGGGAAGUGAGAACCUUGAUCUCAAGAAAUGACAAUUUUCCCCUGACCCUUGGAGCAUGUCCUAAGAAUUUGCCUCUUGGAAUUUUCCAUGGGCUCUUUUGAGCACUCAUCCCCUGGCAUGUCUUUGUGGAUAGUCUAGGUGUCACAGGCACUGAAAUCCACCCAACAGAGGUCUCCAGAAGUUUCCGGUAGAAGAUGAGCCCCUUUGAAAUACUUCGUUAAAUACCUUUAUGUGUCAUGCUUUGGGUUGGGAACUGGAGGGAUGCUUUUCAUUCUCGGGGGCCAGGGAUGCCUUCCUGUUCAACUGUCUUCCGAGUCCUCUGAGUAGCCUGAAUCUCAAGGGACAAUUCAGAUGUGUGUGCUAGGCCAGUCUUCCCCAGAGUGACUCACCAAGGACGCCACCCUCACAAUAGUGUCCACCAGGAUAGUGUCUCCCUUGUAGGUGCAUCCCGUGGAGCUCCACCCUUUUCUUUCAAGGCACAACAGUCUGCUGAAUUAGAAUCUUCUCAGGCUCUGAGAAAACGAGGUGUGGGCAUUCCUUCUCUUCUUAAGACUGAUCUAAAACACUUUCUAGUCUGGGUGUCUGCAGUCUCUUGAUGUGUUUGGGCAUGUUCUCAGACCACUCCUUGUGGGAGAAAAGGGACCCGACUCCAGAGGAAAGGAGAGACAAUGGCUAUCUCUGGAUGCCACAUUCCAGGUGAGGGACAUCUGACCUGAAAGAAGAAAGUAUAAUUAGGAAGGACAUGGAGAGUCUGCAAUGUCAGACAUUCUGCUAGAUGUCACUUUGUCCCCACAGCUUAAAGGAGUGACAUCCUAGAGAUGGAGCCCCAGAUGCAGGGAUGUCCUGCCAGCCACCAGGAGAGCCAGGAUUCCAGCCUCUGUCAGCUUUCACUAGCUGAUGUUUUAUUCUCUAACGAAGUAGGAGAUUUAUACCUACAACUAAAUUAGCUUGGGGGAUUUUUCUAUCUUGGUUCUGAGGAUGGAACCCAGGGAGCUAUGUAUGCUGGGUAAGCAUUCUUCUGCCAGAUUCCCAUCCUCAGCCCCAAAUUGGAUCUCAAUGGCACAUCCAGGAGGACUUUGGUUAUCCCAGCCAUACUGGUACCCAAAUCCACUAUUUACCCACUUAACACAGCCAAAAUUUCAUACUAAAACACAAGCAAAAGAUUAGGGGGAUUUAUUUUUUAAAAUUAAAAUAUAAACUAAGAGAUUAUAUGAAGUUCAUUAUAAUGUUUAACAAAAUCUGUAACUGAGUGCUGACUGGGGUAGUCUUAUAUUUUCAACAAAACUGAACCAUAACAUUACACUAACCAGCAGCUCAACAUGAAUGAGGAUCACCUUUAGACAAGAAGAAAAGAGAGAUGAAGGAAGGAAGGAAAGAAGGAAGGAAGGGUCGCUAAGAUGAAUUUCCCAAAGGUUUCUCAAUGUUUCAGAUUUUUAAUCAUUAAAAGAAACUUUCAUACAA